AUGGAUGAUCAAGCCUUAAGUUUUCUGGAUGGCCUUCACUUAUCCGAUGGCAGGUCGCAAGAAAAGCUCCUGUCAUACUUUGAACUUCUCAAACGAUCAGAUGAUGGUUGGAAGUUGUGCAUCACAGCAUUCACCAGUGGCAAAUACAACAGUGAUAAUGUAAGAUUUUUUUUCUUGCAAGUUCUUGAGUCUUACAUACAUCAGAGGUAUCACUUGGCAGGCACAGAAGACCAACAAAUAGUGCGUGCUUUUCUAAUCACUUGUCUUCAAAUGCAGGCCUCAGGAGUGACUAAAGAUAAAUCAUUUCUAAAGAACAAGAUUGCACAACUCUUCUCACUCGCUUUCCUUGUCGACUUUCCUCAUCGUUGGCCCAAUUACUUUGUUGACAUUCUUCAUGCUUCUUCCUUUGGCCAUGUUGCAGUUGAGAUGUACCUUCGUAUUCUUUCAGCUAUUGACUGUGAUGUAGUGGAUCGAGAGAUCAUCCACACUAAUUCUGAAACUGAAAGAAACACUAAUCUGAAAGAUGCCAUGAGAGAGCGUUGUGUUCCACAAUUAGUGGAGUCCUGGUUGCAAAUUAUGACGACAUACCAAACCAGUCAUCCUGAUAUCACCUGCCUGUGCCUAGAUGUUGUUGGCAAAUAUAUUUCCUGGAUUGACAUCAACCUGGUGGCUAAUGAACAGUUUGUCACUGCAUUGCUUUCUUUCUUUAGUCAUUCACAGCUUAGAGAGAGUGCAUGUGAUUGCAUCCAUGAAAUCAUCUCAAAAGGAAUGGAGCCAGUGGCAAAAACCAAAUUGAUUGAAUCAUUUGCUUCUGUACUUAACAGUGCUGGUGUCAUGUGUCCUAAUGAUGGAGAAGAAGGUGAUUAUCUUGCAAGAUUGGCUAAUCUUGUUAAUGGAAUGGGGCAAAACCUUAUCUACUGCUAUCAAAAGUUGGUGAAAUCUGCUGACAUGGUCAAUGCAAUGACCACUCUUCAUGCAGUUGAGAGCAAAGUACCGCUUAUUCUACGUUUCCUCAGCCAUGAAGAUGAUGAUAUUUCUGAAGCUGUGAUUGGCUUUGGGCAAGACUACAUAACCCUUCUGAAACAAUCUCCUAGUCUCACCCAACGCCAACGGGAAGAUGUCGAACAAAUGCUUUACAUCAUCAUUAAGAAAAUGAAAUAUGAUGAUACAUAUAAUUUUGAUAUGGAGGGUGAAGAGGAAGCCAUGUUUCAAGAUUACAGGAAACAAGUGAAGAUUAUUUUCAACAACCUUGCUCAACUGGAUUCAAACAUGGUAGUGAGGAACGUGCAUACUAUAUUGACCAGUACUCUCCCCCAAUGGAAGACAUUGGAUUAUUCUGAUGCUGAGAUGUCUUUGAUGCUUCUUUAUAUGCUUGGAGAAGCCCUGCCUUCUUCCAUCCAGAGUUUCACCACUUACAAAGAAAAGGCCCCUCCUCUUCAAGAAAUGAUGCGCUUGAUGGUAUCUUCUGGUAUUAGUUGCCACAAACACAGCUUUGUUCAGCUGCAGUUCCUUGAAACCGCUGUUCGCUAUGAUAAAUUCUUUGUGGUAGAGCCAGAAUACAUUCCCAAUGUUCUUAUGGCUUUCCUUGAUGAAAGGGGCCUGAGGAACAAAAACCUACAAGUUUGCAGUCGUGCUUCAUAUUUGUUUUCUCGAUUUGUGAAAAGUUUGAAGCCGCACCUGCAGAAUUUUCUGGAAGAUAUCUUGAAACGCAUCACGGAUCUGCUUGUCUUGCCACCUCCAGAAGCUGAUUCUCAGACUCGUUUGUCUAUGGAUGAUCGAUUGUACUUGUAUGAAACAGUUGGAAUUCUCAUUGUAUCUAGUAAUUUCCCACCAGAUCGCAAACAGAUGCUCAUCCGAGAGUUGUUACUUCCACUUGUGAGCCAAUUUAAGACUUGUCUUACCAAACUCUGCACGGAUUGUGAAGAAGAGGACCAAGACCUUUAUGCUUACCGUAUUAAUGAUGUAAUUAGUUUUGCCAGUCGAAUCAGCAAGGGAUUUUCAAACCAAGUGACAAUGAAGCAAAUUGGCUGUGUGGAAGCAUUUACUGAAACUCUUCAGAUUUUCCUGCAGGGAUUCAAAUGUCAAGUUCAGCGGCAUGUAUUGCGUGCUGCAAUACGCCAAUAUCUACAUCGCAUGGUGGUCUGCCUGGAAGAAGAAAUUCUUCCUUUCAUUCCUGUAGCCCUUGAGAAUUUGGUACAGGAACCUGAUGCCAAAGAGCUGCAUGAUUUCAUUCCACUGAUGACUCAACUUAUAAUGAAAUUUAAGAAAACUAUUGGUCCAUUUCUUCGAGAAGUGUUUAUGCCAUUUGUCCAAACAAUUUAUGGUGUGUUGUCAACUCCCCAAGAUGAACAUGACCAGGUGACUGCGAGUGAAAAGCGUAUGCUUCAGAGGAGUUACUUUCAGUUUAUUGCUUGCAUUGUCACAAAUAAUGUCUUUGAUGUCCUCAGGGACCAAAAUGCCCAAAAUUUACAGCAAGUCCUGAUGACCAUUGUCCAAGGGGCCUGUGAUAAUCCCGAUCCCCAGACCCAGAAAAUUUGUUUUGGAAUUUUAAAGAAAUUGGUUGAAGUAUGGGGAGGUGGUGAUGGGGAAAUGGGAGGCUUUAAAGAGUUUAUUUAUCAAAGUGUUGUCCCUGCCUGUAUUCUGGCACCCUUAAAACCAAGUUUUGACCUUAAUGAUGCUCAGACUGUGAUAGCUUUAGGUGAAUGUGCCCAAUGCCUCAAAUGUAUACUUGACAAGAGGGGUGAAGAGGUCAUCAAUUUUCUACAAAACAAUUACCUUCCCAAACUGCAAUUAUCUCCAGAACUCAUUGAAUUGCUCUUUUUUUCCCCUCUCUCUCUUUCCUUUCAUUUGCUUUUUGCUUCUUCCAAUUUUUUUUUCCUUCUGUUCCCCAACUUUGAUGCUGCUGACUCAACUGACCAGGGAAAACAUUCAAACUCGAACAUCUUUUUGUAA